UUUAACCGCUGUCAGUGCGCAUCAUAUGGCCGCCGCUUUAACCAACUUCUCAACUCCGACAGGGAAAGUGGCUCAAAUGCGCAUUCUAUCACAGUGGAUGUGAACCAACCCAGGCGAAGACAGGGUGAAAUACUGGUUGGAGAACAUUUUACAUCCCCUUUUGGAUUAAUUUUUACCUCGCAUUUGAUUCAUUUGGGGUUAGAAUAUUAAUUUUGUAACCCAGUCAUCCUGUGCGCACCCGAUCUUGUGCGCGCCUGACCUGAUCUUGAAAAAGACUUUUUCUCUGUUGGUGGCGAAGUUUAAAACCAGGUGAAUGUAUAGCAUGAUGAUGGAAACUGACCUCCAUUCCCCCGGCCCCCAAACGAACACGACCACGGGGCAAACGGGGCCGAACAGCGGGUCCAAAGCGAAUCAGGAGCGGGUGAAGAGACCGAUGAACGCGUUCAUGGUGUGGUCCCGUGGGCAGCGGAGAAAGAUGGCACAGGAGAACCCCAAAAUGCACAACUCUGAGAUCAGCAAACGGCUGGGUGCCGAGUGGAAGGUGAUGUCCGAGGCUGAGAAGCGCCCUUUCAUCGACGAGGCGAAACGGUUGCGAGCCAUGCACAUGAAGGAGCAUCCGGAUUACAAGUACCGGCCAAGACGGAAGACCAAGACGCUGCUGAAAAAGGACAAAUAUUCCCUUGCCGGUGGACUGCUUUCUGGGCCCAGUGGAGGCGGUGGAGUGGGUUUAGGGGUCGGAAUGGGUUCAUCCGGGGUCGGCCAGAGGUUAGAGAGCCCCGGGGGUCACGGAGGCUCCGCCAGCUCCGGCUACGCGCACAUGAACGGCUGGGCCAACGGUGCGUACUCGGGGCAGGUGGCUGCAGCCGCGGCGGCAGCAGCGAUGAUGCAGGAGGCUCAGCUAGCCUACAGCCAGCACCCGGGGAGCGGAGCGCACCACCACCACCACUCACACCACCAUCACUCACACAACCCCCAGCCAAUGCACCGCUACGACAUGACAGCCCUGCAGUACAGCCCCAUCUCAAACUCUCAGAGCUACAUGAACGCUUCUCCAUCCGGCUACGGCGGGAUCACCUACACACAGCACCAGGGCUCCGGCGUCUCCUCUUCAGCUGCCAUGGGGACGUUAGGGUCGCUGGUGAAGUCGGAGCCGAGUGUAAGCCCUCCCGUCAGCAGCACACACUCACGGGGUCCUUGCCCCGGAGACUUGAGAGAGAUGAUAAGCAUGUAUUUACCGACCGGAGAGCCGGGGGACCCGUCAAUGCAAAGUAGACUCCAUGCCUUGCCGCAGCAUUACCAGAGCGCCACGGCUGGAGUGAACGGGACGGUCCCUCUAACACACAUUUAGAACUCACAGAAUAAUUGAAAACUGCAAACGAACACAUAACCAAAUAUUUACCUCUUUUCUAAAUAACCCCGGUCCCGAGAACUACCUGCAUUUUGUACAGAAUGUUUAUGAUAUUGUAAAUGAAGGGUAAAUAGCAUAUUCAUCUCGGCUUUUUUGAAUAGCCACCAGUGGAAUUAUAUAACGAAUAUGAUGCUGAGAUAUUGGUUAUUGUGCUUUCAUCUUUUUGUCCAUUUACUUCACAGUCUUAGUUGAGGGUUGCGCCAGGUUCACAUGGGGGUAUUUGGUUUAAUUGUCUCAUAAUUUGGGGGGGUUCUGUAAGUUAUUGAAAAUGAGAUAACGUGUCAUAAUCCUAAGAAAGUGCUUUAAAAGAAAUGGGAAACUCACAUUCUUCAAACAUUUGUGUUCAUUUGCAGAAGCCUGUGUCUUAAUUCUUGGAAAUCAUCUCUUUUUAUUGUAACACUCUAAUUAUUGUAAAUUGUGAAUAAUUUUAAUAUUUCAAAGGAUGACGGGCAACUGCUGUUGUAAUUUA